AUGGCAGAGGUCUAUUGCAAAGCGCGACAAGUCAUAGUCUGGCUUGGAGAAGCCACAUCCGAUAGUGACUUGGCCAUGCAGAAGAUCAGCGAGGUUGCAGAGGGAGAUGAUAUCCCGGCCGAACAAGACAACAUUAUUGUUCCUGAAUCGAUUGCUGCAUUGCUCAAAAGAACAUGGUUUCGAAGAAUUUGGGUUCUUCAGGAAGUGGCCGCCGCCCAACAUGUCCUUAUAGUCUGUGGUGCGUCCCAGAUUGACGGCUAUGCUUUUUGUCUUGGACUGGCUCCAUACAUUGAUGCCUCUGAGGGGUUCGAACCUGUUUCCUCCAUCGAGUACCUGAUAAGAGGAUCUAUUUUUCGUCCCAAGUAUACUAAAACAGAUUCAGGUCUGAUUACAUUAGGUAUACGGUCCCUUGGUGAACUUAUGGAUAUGUAUCAUGCCCAUGAGGCUACUGAGCCUCUCGACAAGGUUUUCGCGUUGCUUGGAAUGAGCACAGACGGGUCAUCAGCAUCAGAGCUCAAGCCGAAUUAUAGUAUCUCUUGGGACGUUCUCUUCUGCCGACUCACCACUUUUCUUCUUGGGCCCAAGGUCUCAGUAAAGACAUCCAACAGUGAUAGGGCGGCUAUCAUUAGCGGUCAGGGCACUGUUCUUGGCAAAGUUACUUCAGUGGCUCCGCGAAGGUCUCGCAAUCGGGACUUUCGAGUGAACAUGACAUAUACGACACCUUUUGAAUCUUUUUGGCGUCCGACCUCUUGGGACCUUGAUGCUAGCGUCAAGAGAGCAAAGGAAGGCGAUAUUCUAUGCUUAUUAGAGGGUGCUUCGCAUCCUAUGCUGAUCAGGCAGGAGGGGGAUUGCUUUUCAGUAAUCCUUAUAUCGCUAUCGACAACCCCCAGACAGCCAAAUCUGCCCCUGACAACGAGAUCACACAAGUUUGUUCUCAUUUGGAACUUGGAGGACUCAUCAAAGACCGUAAACGACAGUCAACUUGAAACAUGGCUCGACAUGGGGACUUUGGAAUAUGUGGAUCCACAUCCUGAAACGGUUAUCCAAAACAGCCAUCUGUUGCUGCUUUCUGCACAUGUACUAGUGGGAGCCUGCCGGUUCGAGGCUGCCAUCGACCUCUUCCACAAGGCAGUUGAGGGCUAUGAUUAUCAUCUAGCGAAGAACGACGCGAAAAGAAUUGAAUGCUUGGCCGCGAUGGCGGUAGCUUAUGGCUCCCUGCAGAGAUGGGAUGAGGCAAAAGGUGUCUGGGAAUCCAUCAUACGCGUGUGCUAUGCGUCAAGCGACUGCUUUACGCAAACUACUGACUUCUUGGAUAAUCUACUCCCCAUCCUUGACAAAGACGAAAAGGAUUACGAUGGAAAGAGAUGGCAAGCAGUUCGUGAUGCAAUAAAUGCAAAACGAUCCCAAACACCAAUACAGGAAGACCGGAUCCCGGACUUGGUAGAGUAUCUCGAUUCUCAAGUUAUGAACAUCUUGGUCGAUCAACAAGAUCACUGGCCAGUGACGAGGAGGGAGAGCUGGAUUGCUGCUUCCUGCGACGAGAGCAGCAGAGAGGAGGCGGUGAAAGUGUUCCUUGAUCGGCUAAGCGAUUUGGAACUUCCCGAACAGGUUUUCGUUGCCGCAGCAAGGAAUAUCUUAUACGGCCAGAAACUAACGGCCAUGCUGCUUGGUCGACAGGGCCCGGAGGCACAAAUCACACAGGCUGUUUUCAGAUCAGCAGCGGUCAAUAGCCGCAGCAAAAGAGCUCUUAUAUUUUCACUUCUGGAACACGAAGGGAUGGAAGUGUGCUCGGGAAUUGACACAAACAGCGCCUGGGCGACACUACCGCCACUCAUGCUGGACUCUGAACCAUAUAUCGCGAAAAUGGAUGUGCUAUAUCUGGCUAAGCUCUACUCAAAGACGGAUAAAGCCACCCUCCUGCGGAUGUUGAUUUCAGCUACAGACCCUCUGGAUUUACCCCAUUUACGGCGGGGACUGUACCAGUUUGCAUGGGAUGAGUAUAAGUUCCGCCGCUUAGACGAACUUGUUGAGAUGCUGCCACCAGCCUUGGAAGAUAUCAUCGCUACAUUAACUCACAUAAUGCUUUCAAAUGGCGAGCAUGCGGUUCAGCAAGUAAUCGAACUCGCUCGUCGCUCAAGGCCUGAUACAACUAGGACGAAAAUGGUAAACGAAGAAAUCGUCAAUGGUUGCUCCAAGAUUAUCGAAACCCGAAGUCCGGCUGAACUGUUACAAUUCUUGGAUUCCCUCUAUGAACUUGGGGUUUCAUUUAGCUAUCAAGGCAAGGUUGAGUCUCCUCCAACCCAAUCAUCGAUACUUCCAACAACACUAUCCAAAGACCCUCGGUUUCUCAAGACUCUUAUUGAGAAAAAGCUCGUAUCUCCCCAGAUGCAACCUUUCACAAUACUCUCACUUCGAUGGCACCUAACGUGGAAUGCUUACAUAAAUGACGGGGUCUCCGAAGAAAGAUGCCCCCCCGCCGGGAUGCCCGAUUGGCCACUAUACUGUGCGAUAGUUCUCGCUGCUGAUUCGGAAGUCAUAGAUUUCCUUUGCAGCUCAGGAGCCCGUGUUGAUCAAGACCUUUCUGGUACCAGUCCACAUGGAAGAGAAGCCGCGAUAAUUGAGCGACUACAACAGACCACAGCCUUUAGUACAUUUAAUGAGGAUUUUCGAAACUUGAGACGGGUAUGUUUUAAAAUGGCAAAGGCUCAAUUGGAUUCUACAUAUAUGGAUGGCGGGUAUAAGGACGCUACUUCUUUUAAGCUUUUAUGGGAAAUGUCAUUCGAUCAGGCAUGGAGCGUGGGCGCUUAUUUCCAGCUCGAUCCCCUUUAUCGUUUUCAACCCGCUUCACUUGGCAAAUCCAACUCUUCCUGUGCAAUGAUGGAGUCACCGUCAGAAAUCGUCCUCUCGACGCCCGGAUACUACGGCCCAGGCUCUAUCACAGCGUGGUACUGCAUCGUCGCGUCCACAGCGAUAUCCUGGAUAUGGAACCCCGCCCACCGCUUCCUGGCAACCUCAGACUUCCUGGCGGCUAUUUUAUACCCUUUCAUCGCAAUGAUACACUUCGCUAUCCAGUUAUGGAACUACCCCUCCGACAAGACGCAGUAUCUCAGAGGCAACCUGAUGCAUAUCCUCAUCGGAAAUGGAGACGAGGGCCCUGUCUCGGCUAAAUAUGAUUAUCAGUACAAGAACCAAGUGCUUUUCGACAAGCCAGGUCCCGACAUGUUCGAAAUCUUCCCACGCGUCAUCAGUAUCGAUGCUGCUUUGCGAAUCAACGAUAAUUGCUUUUGGCUUUGCUUGAUCGCGCUUGGAUUUCUCCUCGUCGAGCAUAGGAAGAACUGGACAGAGCAACAGCUUCAAGGCUUCGAGAGCGUCGGGAAAUGCCUCCUUGCCGGGGUUGUGUUGCCUAUAAUAAACAGUGUAUUUCUACUCAUUACCUGUGGCGACUCCCGAACCUUUUGGAUCCCUGUAGAGUCUACUCUCUUCAGAUUCAUGGCGGUCACCGUGGGCAUGUGCCCCGUCAUGGUGGCAUUCUUUAUAUAUCUGCCAUUCUCGACUGGAGAUAUUUCAUUCUCGGGAAUUCUGCCUGAAACAAGAUCUAUAACACGUUUCCCUAUGGACCUCGUUGGGAACCUUUUUCAUCGGAUCCGUAAAGUUCGGCUGCUACACUUCGGGCUUGGUAUCCUCUAUCUUGUCUUCAUUGGUAUCUUGGCGUGGGGCACUGUGAAUACCUUAAGAGUGGCAUAUCCAAUUCAGCUGUUCAUUCCAGCUGUUGGUAUUUCGAUUUUCGAGAUGGAGCAAGUCGCGAGCUUGUUUGGGGGGAUGGUGGUUUUGUUUUAUAACAUUCACUCAGUUUACUACCCGCAUUAG